UGGAAUCGAAAUAAGUUCUUGCUACCAUCAUUCACCACUGACUCGAAAGAUGUGGAGGCUGAAGAUAGCAGAAGGUGGGAAUAACCCAUACUUAUUCAGUACAAAUAACUUUGUGGGAAGACAAACAUGGGAGUAUGAUCCAGAAGCAGGUAGUGAAGAAGAGAGGGCCCAAGUUGAAGAAGCUCGUAAGAAUUUCUAUAACAACCGCUUCAAAGUCAAGCCCUGCGGUGAUCUCCUCUGGCGUUUUCAGGUCCUAAAAGAAAAUAACUUCAAGCAAACAAUAGCCGGUGUGAAGAUAGAAGAUGAAGAAGAAAUAACAUAUGAGAAAGCCACAACAGCUUUGAGAAGAGGCACACAUCACCUAGCUGCAUUGCAAACCAGUGAUGGCCAUUGGCCUGCUCAAAUUGCAGGGCCUCUAUUUUACGUUCCUCCUUUGGUUUUUUGUCUCUACAUUACUGGACAUCUUGAUUCUGUAUUCCCACCGGAACAUCGUAAAGAGAUUCUUCGUUACAUAUAUUGUCACCAGAAUGAAGAUGGAGGGUGGGGGCUACACAUUGAGGGUCACAGCAUCAUGUUUUCUACUGCACUCAACUACAUAUGUAUGCGGAUUCUUGGACAAGGUCCUGAUGGCGGUCAAAACAAUGCUUGUGCUAGAGCAAGACACUGGAUUCGUGUUCAUGGUGGUGUAACACAUAUACCUUCAUGGGGAAAAACAUGGCUUUCGAUACUUGGUCUUUUUGAUUGGAGUGGAAGCAACCCAAUGCCACCUGAAUUUUGGCUCCUUCCUUCAUUUCUCCCUAUGCAUCCAGCUAAAAUGUGGUGCUAUUGUCGACUGGUAUACUUACCGAUGUCUUACUUGUACGGAAAGAGGUUUGUCGGUCCAAUCACACCACUCGUCUUACAGUUGAGAGAAGAACUUCAUACUCAACCUUAUGGUAAAGUUAACUGGAAAAAAGCACGCCACCUAUGUGCAAAGGAAGAUAUCUACUAUCCUCAUCCUUUGAUACAAGAUUUAAUAUGGGAUAGCUUUUACCUUUUUACUGAGCCACUUCUAACUCGUUGGCCUUUCAACAAGUUGGUCAGAGAAAAAGCCCUACAAGUAGCAAUGAAGCAUAUUCACUACGAGGAUGAGAAUAGUCGAUACAUAACUGUUGCAUGUGUGGAAAAGGCUUUAUGUAUGCUUGCCUGUUGGGUUGAAGAUCCAAAUGGAGAUGCUUUCAAAAAACAUCUUGCAAGGGUCCCCGAUUAUUUAUGGAUUUCCGAAGAUGGAAUGACCAUGCAGAGUUUGGGUAGCCAAGGAUGGAAUACUAGUUUUUCUGUUCAAGCUUUGCUUGCCACUGGCCUAACUGAGGAAAUUGGCCCAGUACUUGCGAAAGGUCAUGAUUUCAUCAAGAAAUCACAGGUUAGCGACAACCCUUCUGGAGAUUUUAAGAGUAUGUAUCGUCAUAUUUCUAAAGGUUCAUGGACCUUCUCCGAUCAAGACCAUGGAUGGCAAGUUUCUGAUAGUACCGCAGAAGGUUUGAAGUGUUGUUUACUAUUAUCAAUGUUUCCUCCAGCAACUGUGGGGGAAAAGAUGGAACCGGAAAGGUUAUAUGAUUCAGUCAAUCUCCUGUUGUCACUUCAGGGUAAAAAUGGUGGAUUGGCAGCUUGGGAGCCAGCAGGAGGUCAAGAAUGGUUAGAACUACUAAAUCCCACAGAACUUUUCGAGGACAUGGUAAUUGAACAUGAAUAUGUUGAGUGCACUGGAACAACGAUUGAAGCUUUAGUUUUGUUCAAGAAGCUAUAUCCAGGGCAUAGGAAGAACGAGAUAGAUAACUUGAUUGCCAAUGCAGUUCGAUUCCUUGAAGAUACACAAAAAACUGAUGGUUCAUGGUAUGGAAGUUGGGGAAUUUGUUUCACUUAUGGUUCUUGGUUCGCUCUUGGUGGUUUAGCAGCUGCUGGCAAGAAUUAUACUAAUUGUGAUGCUAUUCGUAAAGCUGUUAAAUUUCUUCUCACAAUACAAAGAAACGACGGUGGUUGGGGAGAGAGCUAUCUUUCAUGCCCUAAAAAGGUAUAUGUACCUCUUGAAGGAAGCCAGGAGUCAAAUGUUGUACAAACUGCAUGGGCUCUUAUGGGUUUAAUUCAUGCUGGCCAGGCAGAGACUGACCCUACUCCUCUCCAUCGUGCUGCAAAAUUGCUUAUAAAUUCUCAGUUGAAACAAGGAGAUUGGCCCCAACAGGAACUCACAGGAGUAUUCAUGAAAAAUUGUAUGUUGCAUUACCCAAUGUAUAGAAAUAUUUUUCCAUUGUGGGCUCUGGCUGAGUAUCGUAGACGGGUUCCAUUGCCUUCCUUUGCGGUUUAAUUUAACUUAAAAUGUUGUGAGCACAAAAAGGAAAAAGCCAUAGCAACAAAGAAAGAAUCAGGCAAAUAGAACCAAUCACAUUGGGAAGCCAAGUUAUGUUCUUAUUUUGGCCAUUCAAAAAUAAAAUAAAAUUGGGCAGCUAACCUAUUA